AUGCAAGUUCAAGCCUGCAUGGGCAGGCAUAGCCAGUACCGCUCGGUAUUGCACGCGCUGUACACUAUCGUGCGGACAGAGGGUUUCGUGCGUGGUCUCUACAAAGGCUGCUCGCUGACCCUGGUGAAGGGUCCGCUGUCGGCUGCCUGUGGAUUCGCCGCCAACGACUUGCUGAAGGGCCUGCUGCUGGGUUCUGCGGAGGACCCCGAGCGCUGCCCCCCCGGUGGAUGGCCGGACGGCUGUGAGGUUGUCCGGGACCCGGGCAAAGUACUGAAGAAAUUGACACCCCUGGAGCAUUUGAUAUCCGGUGGCACAGCGGGUGCCGUUGCCAAGACCGUCAUCGCUCCAGCUGACAGGGUGAAGAUCCUUUACCAAACGAAUUCCCAACGCUCUUUCACAUGGAUGGGGGUGAGACGAACGUUUCUCACCAUCUUUCGGAACACUGGCGUGGCCGGUCUUUGGCGAGGGCAUUGUGCCACUUUGAUGCAAGUUGUGCCCAAGUCGGCGACCACUUACAUGACCUUUGACAAGUACAGACAUUGGAUCUCUUCGAUGCAUGCCGUGGACAACGUAACAGCUCGAUUCCUGGCCGGCGCCGCAGCUGGGGCGACGGCCACGAGUCUUACCUACCCGUUGGAUAUGAUGCGAGCACGAAUGGCGGCGCACUGGGACAUGCACCCGAAGUAUCCGAACUACUUUUCUGCCUUCGAGCACAUCCUUCGGGAGGAAGGGCUGACAUCGCUCUACCGGGGCAUCCGGCCGACAUUGGUUGGAAUCGUUCCCUAUGCGGGUCUCAGCUUCAUGGCCUACGAGACCUUAAAGGCCCAGGUUGCCAAGGAAGGAGAGGUGGAGCUUCGGCCCCACGUGCGGCUGUUAUGUGGAGCCUGUGCAGGCAUCUUCGCACAGUCUACGACAUACCCACUGGACAUCGUGCGACGAAGGAUGCAGGUGCACCCGGAGUUGUACAAGAAUGAGAUCCAUGCAUUUAGUCAGAUCUACCACACGGAGGGCCUCGUGCGAGGGCUUUUCAAGGGCGUGUCGAUGAACUGGAUCAAAGGUCCAGUUGCUGUCGGCGUGUCGUUUACUGUCAACGACGUGCUGAAGUCCAAGCUUGGCCAUCACUGA